AAGGAGGCUCCUCUCCCCGGCCCGGCCCCGCCCGGCAUCCCCGGGGGCUCUCACCUGGGAGCCACUAGGCAGAGACACACCCCGGGGGGGAGGAGCUGCUGCCGCCGUGGGGCCCAGCCCACACUGGCUGUGAGGUCUCUUUCCGCUCCUCUGCCAGCCCCAAGGGGACCAACAUGGCCCAAGAGCGUCCCAGUCCUGCCCUGGAGCCCGAGCACGUCCAGCAGCUGCUCCUCUCCUGCCGAGAGGCCAAGAAGUCCGCCUAUUGCCCCUACAGUCGCUUCCCGGUGGGGGCGGCCCUCCUCACCGGGGACGGGAGGAUUUUCUCCGGGUGCAACAUAGAAAAUGCCUGCUACCCGCUGGGCGUCUGUGCUGAACGGACCGCCAUCCAGAAGGCCAUCUCAGAAGGAUACAAAGAGUUCAGGGCAAUUGCCAUCGCCAGUGAUCUGCAAGAUGAUUUUAUUUCGCCAUGCGGGGCCUGCAGGCAAGUCAUGAGAGAGUUUGGCACCAACUGGGCCGUCUACAUGACCAAGCCGGAUGGCACAUACGUUGUCAGGACCAUCCAGGAGCUGCUGCCGGCCUCCUUUGGGCCCGAGGACCUGCAGAAGAUCCAGUGAAAGGUGGAGAACAUCCUGGGAGACCCUGAGUUCCCACAUGUUGCUUAAGGGGACAGCCACCUGGAGAAUUUCAUGAGGACGUUCUCACGGACCUGGGGACUCCUGCCGAAUGGCUCCCAAGCCCACAGGCACCAGGCGAGAUGACUUUUCCAAAUGACAUUCGAGCAUCAGAUUUCUACUGAAGUGAUAACGGGUUUUACGCCAGCCUGGGUCAGAGCCCCACGUUGCAACUGCCUUGUCCUCCUUGGGGCUCAGAGCACCUCGUCCCUCUCUUUCCUUCCUGUGGAGCCUCUUUAAAAUUCCAACCAAGUCUGCGCUGCUUCCCCAUCAGCCUCCACAAGGUUCUAGCCCGCUUUGAGCAACUUUUCUAAUUAUAAACAUCAUGGAGCGUCCUGAUUCAGGAGA